UGAAGUAGGAAAUCUUUCAUUUUUAAAUAAUAAAGAAAAUGUUUUUUUAAACAAUUCUUCUUUCGAGCAUCGUAUAAGUUCUAAAAAAAUUCUAGUAGAUGUUUCAAAUAAUGAAACAUCAUUUGAUGUGGGUGAAAUAUCGGAUGAAACACCAUUUGACAUGCACAAAACAUCGGAUGUCACUAGGGAUGGUAUCUUAAAAAAAGUUGAAUCAAUGAUAAAUAGGAUAAAUGAAAAGAAUAAUGAUGAUUAUGAAAUCAAGAAAUUAAUAUCAAGGAAGAACAACAAAAAUCUUGAUAUAUUAAGAAUACUUAACAUCUGUCACGAACUUAUUACGAAAGAAAUUAAAGUGACUAAACGGUAG